GCUGGGCUGUUUCUACUGGUCCUCUACCUCCUCUCCUCUGGUUUCAGUUCUGACCCACAGGGGAAGGAGCCUCCAGGACCCAGACCACUACCCCUGCUUGGUAACCUGUUCCAGCUGGAUUUGAAGAGGCUUUACCACUCUCUCUUUGAGGUAUUAUUUUUGUCAAUGGAGAUUCAUGGAAAGAGAUGCGACGCUUUACCCUGACAAACCUUAAAGACUUUGGCAUGGGCAAAAAAGCAUGUGAGGAGAAAAUAAUUGAGGAAAUUCACUACCUGAUUGAAGUGUUCGAAGAACACAAGGGCAAAGCCUUUGACACAACCCAGCCAAUGUAUUAUGCCGUCUCCAACAUCAUCUGCAGCAUUGUCUAUGGCAGCAGGUUUGAGUACUCUGAUCCCAGAUUCAGACGCUCGGUGGAUCGAGUCAAUGAGAUAUUCAAACUUGGAGGCUCUGGUUCGGUACAGUUGUACAACAUCUUCCCAUGGCUGGGCCCAUUUCUGAAGUCCAAGAAACGUCUACAGGAAAAGUAUAAUGACAACAAGAAGGAGAUAUGGGAGCUGGUGACGGGGCUGAAGAAGACUCUCAGCCCUCAGAUGUGUAGAGGCUUCAUUGACUCGUUCCUUGUACAAAAGCAGACCAUGGAGGAAUCAGGCAAUAUGAACUCUCAUUACCACAAUAAGAAUCUGGUACAAACUGUGUCCAACCUGUUUACUGCCGGCACCGACACCACAUCGACAACCUUGCGCUGGGGCCUGUUGCUGAUGGCUAAGUACCCCAAUAUACAAGACCGGGUCCAAGAGGAGAUGAGCAGGGUUAUAGGAAGUCGUCAGCCCAUGAUAGAAGACAGGAAGAACCUGCCCUACACUGAUGCAGUGAUCCAUGAGAUCCAGAGGGUGGCCAACAUUGUACCCAUGGCCGUUCCUCACGUCACCAGCCGAGACAUCACCUUCCAGGGAUACUUCAUCAAAAAGGGGACAGACGUGAUUCCUCUGCUGACGUCUGUCCUCCAGGACGAGAGCGAAUGGGAGACUCCUCACGCCUUUAACCCCGCCCACUUCCUGAAUGAGAAAGGUCAAUUUGUCAAGAGAGAUGCCUUCAUGCCCUUCUCUGCAGGUCGUAGGGUGUGUCUGGGGGAGAGUCUGGCCAGGAUGGAGAUCUUCCUGUUCUUCACCUCCCUCUUGCAGCGUUUUCGUUUCUCUCCUCCUCUCGGGGUCACAGAGGAUGAUCUGGACCUCACACCAUCCACAGGAACCACCCUCAGUCCUUCACCUCACCAGCUGUGUGCUGUGAGCCGUGUCUGAGAUGGGAGUCUGGUUCAAACGCUGAUUACAAACUAGACCCUCAACUUUAGACAAAUAUAGGACUAUGCUUUGAAAUGAUUGUUUCUGAUUAUGAGUUAAUAAAACAAAAACGAGUUGGUCAUGCACAUGUUUUGUAGCUUCUAACAGUGCCAUAGAAUAGGCAUAGAGAGCUAAUUCAUUUAAAUACCUUUUGUGUUAGACAUUUCGUGAUUCCAUAGUACAAUAAAAUCAUAUUGCUUAUUCUAAAUAUAAGUAAUUCAG